AUGGAUGGAGGAGGAGCUUCCGGCGGGGGACCUGGUGGUGGCCCGGCGCCUUUCCUAAUCAAGACGUACGAAAUGGUGGAUGAUAUGAACACAGAUAGCAUAGUCUCAUGGAGCUCAACCAAGAAGAGCUUUGUGGUGUGGAAUCCACCUGAAUUCCAACGUGUUCUCCUCCCUUCCUACUUCAAGCACAAUAAUUUCUCGAGCUUCAUCCGCCAGCUCAACACCUAUGGAUUCAGGAAGGUGGACCCCGAGAGGUGGGAAUUUGCCAACGAUGACUUCAUAAAAGACCAAAAGCACCUCCUCAAGAACAUCCACCGCCGGAAGCCCAUCCACAGCCACAGCCAGCCACCGAGCCCGGCUGACCCCGAACGGGCCUCAUACGAGGAAGAGAUCGACAGGCUGUCCCGUGAGAAAGUCCAUCUCGAGGGCAACAUUUCGGGCUUCAAGGAGCAACAAUCCGCAGCAAGGGCGCAGCUGGAAACCCUAACCCAGCGUAUAAAUAGCAUGGAGCAAAAGCACAAGCAGCUCCUGAGCUACGUAGAAAAAGCACUCAAAAACCCCAAUUUUGUCGAGCAACUGGCUCGGAAGCUCGACUCCAUGGAUUUCUCGGCGUACAGCAAGAAAAGGAGGCUGCCCGCAUCCAAUCAUCCAGUCCAAACAGCUCAUGAUAGUGUCCCGCUCGAUAGCCAGAGCAGCUGCUCGAGGCCUGAGGCCUGUCGCCAGGACUUGGACCUGUGCAACGCACUCAGACUCGAGCUUUCACCAGCUGUGUCAGAUGUGAACCUGCUUUCUCACAGCACACAGAGCUCGAAUGAGGAAGUGAAUGUUCGGGCCUCGGGUCUGGAGCUAUCAGACACUGGGGCUUCGUUUACGCUGAAGAUGGACUCCCUGUCAUUCAGGUCUGGACUCGGGAGCCCGACAUUGCUUUCCCUUAAUUGUAAUAACAUGAGCUUGAAUGAUGCCGAUGGUGAUCAGGAUGCAAAUCUUUCGUGUCUCUUGAAUCUCUCGCUUGCUUCUUCAUCCCCAUUGGAGCUCAAUAAUAAAAGCCAAAAGUCGGUUGGGGAGAAUAAUGAAGUCCGUGAUAGGGCUCUCUUGAAGGAUGCAACACUUGGUGCGGUUGAUGGUGGUCGAGAUUUAUCUUCAGCUCGCGAUGCAAAUAACAAGAAGGUGGGGCCCGCGAUGGUUAAUGAUGUCUUUUGGGAGCAGUUUCUGACCGAAAGACCUGGCUGUGCGGAUAAUGAAGAGGCCCGAAAUGCGUAA